GUCAUCGUCGACCAAACAGGUAUAAAUUUGAAAGUAAGAUGUUAUGAAUCAUUAAUAGGAGUUGGGUAAUCCCGUGAUUUAAAAGCUAUGGUCCGUUAGGGUUUUGACCCAUUAAAAUUUGCAUUUUAAUUAUUAAUACUGCUUGUGAUAAAGGACAACCCUGGUGAUAAAAAUACGUAAAUAUGUUUACACAAGGCCGCGGUAUUUACAAAGUACCGCUAAAACGUAAGGCAAGGUUGAACGGGUCAAAUUGAUAAUGGCGUUAAUAACAGACACCGCUCAAUUCAAAUUUCCGUUGCUGAUGUGAAAUGGAAGAGGUUCAGCUUAUAUUGAGAAACUGCGAUGCCAUUUGCUUUGAUGUGGACUCGACUGUCAUACGGGAUGAGGGUAUAGAUGAACUAGCCAAAUUUGCCGGGAAAGGGUCAGAAGUGGCCAGCAUUACAGCGAAUGCUAUGGGCGGUAGUAUGACAUAUCAGGAUGCCCUUAGUGUACGCCUCAACAUAAUCAAACCUUCAUUAACAAUGGUUAGGGAUUUUAUAAGGACCUGUCCUCCGACGCUCACCCCCGGAAUUAAAAAAUUGGUGGAUGUGUUGCACACUACCGGUAGGUCCACGUACUUGGUAUCGGGAGGUUUUCUAAGUCUAAUAACACCCGUGGCCAAGCAACUGCAUAUUCCUUUGGAAAAUGUAUACGCAAACAGGCUAAAGUUUUACUUUAAUGGCGACUAUGCUGGGUUCGACGAAAAUCAACCCACUUCCCGUACGGGAGGCAAGGCUGUCGUUGCGCAACACUUAAAAGAUACUUACGGUUACAAAAAUUUAAUAUUUAUAGGCGAUGGUGUUACGGAUCUCGAGUCUUCGCCUCCUGCGGACGCUUUUAUCGGUUAUGGAGGGAAUGUUAUUAGACCCGCAGUUCAAACAAAAGCCAAAUGGUUCGUGACCGACUUUAACGAGAUCUGCGACGUUUUGCUCGCCAAUUAGCACCCCUCCUAUUAUGAUUUUAAAUAAUAAAAGGACAGCAUUUAAAAUCGGAUUAUUAUU